GUCAGUUUGGUCCCCUGGUUCCCGUGGCCAAGAUGGAUCUGCUGGCGGCCUAUGCAUCGAGCGACGACGAAGCAUCGUCGACGACCAAGGUGACGACCCUGGCGGUAGUGAACUCGACGCCAGAUGUACUCGUGCCUUUGAGGAAGACCGAGCUUUUGGCAGCUAACGCAAAGGUGCUGACGUUGAACCAGCCCAUUGCCGCGACGUCGGCGCGAGUGUUGGGACCUCAGAAUCCAUUUCAGCGCCACGCGCCAGUCCAAGUGGGAGCUGGUCGUGAGAUUGUCACUGGCGUAGUUGAACGCACUGAGAUGGAAGACUUUUGCUUUGACGAAGAAUACAACCAGCAGCAAUUUCGCCAUGCUGGUCCGCCGCAACCGAAGCGGCCCAAGACGAAGGCUUGUGCAACGUACCAGAAGGACGUCGGGUCCGAAGCCGAGCAUGGUAUUUGGGCGCCUUUCUCGAAGGAGAACAUGUUCUGGGUCCCUUCGGACAAGGAGCGAGGCACGAUGACGGAAGCACAAAAGGAGCUCCUGGCCGAGAACGAAGCGAAGAAGGCGUCGAGGAACCGCGAAGAAGAGGCUGACAUGGACUUCGACCGCAUGAUCGAACGCAAGGUGGCGCACUUGUUACCGCCCCGCCUUGCUGCUGGUGCCACAGCGAUGGAGCCCAAGACGGCUUACCUGGACGAGGAAGAGUUUGACUACCAAGGCCGUUCGUGGGUCGAUCAGUACCCUCGGGACCUCAAACCCGGCGAACACAAGGUGUACUUGCCGAAGAAGCCGUUGUUCCAGUUCGAGGGCCACACAAAGGGUGUGCAAGCGAUCGAGCUCAUUCCCAAGUACGGCCACUUGUGUCUCAGUGGGAGCUUGGAUGGCACGGUGCGCAUCUGGGAUAUGAACAAUGAGCACAAGUGCAAGCGCAUCUACCAAGGCCAUAAGGACGCCGUGCGCGCCAUCAACUUUGCCCCUGACGGCAAAACGUUCCUGACCGCGAGUUUCGAUCGGUACCUGCGGCUGUGGGACACCGAGACCGGCCAAGUCAAGCACACGUUUACCAACCGACGCGUGCCGUACUGCAUCAAGUUUCACCCAGACGAGAGCGAUCAGUUUGUGAUUGGGGAUUCAAACCACAUGAUCGUCCAGUUCGACGUGCGGAGCGGAGGUACGAUGCCGUCGCUGCAUCGUCUCGGUGAUCACCACAGCACUCUUGUAGAAAUCGUGCAAGAGUACAACCACCACUUGCAAACAGUCAACGCCGUCACGUUCGUGGACGAUAACCGAAGAUUUGUGUCGACAUCAGACGACAAGAAGAUUUUGAUCUGGGAGUGGGGAAUCCCCGUGCCGAUCAAGUACGUGUCCGAGCCAGGGAUGCACUCGAUGCCGUCGACGACGCUGCACCCGAGCGGCUCGUAUUUUGCCGGCCAGUGUCUUUCCAACCAAAUCGACGUGUACACGGCGCGAGACAAGUUUAAACUCCAGCGCAAAAAAGUGUUUCGUGGCCACUCGUGCUCGGGGUACGCGUGCCAAGUGAACUUUUCUCCGAACGGACAGUACGUCGUGAGCGGCGACGGUGAAGGCCACGUCGCGUUCUGGGACUGGAAGACGACCAAGAUGUACAAGAAGAUGAAAGCGCACAACGGACCGACCAUGGGCGUCGCAUGGCAUCCGAUCGAGCCGUCGCGAGUCGUUACGUGUGGGUGGGAUGGCUUGAUCAAGUGCUGGGACUAGGGUGCAAGCCCAAGCGUGCACCAUGGCCGGUCUCCAUCGACCGCUUCAACACUCUGAAACUCUCUUAAUCUAAUCGAUACAUGAAAAGAUCUGUCUUCUUCAUGCUCCAUCUCUGGUGCAACCUUCGUCGUGGACGCCUCCGCGGUGUGGUGUUGUGCGCGAUGAGUGGGUGGAACCCUUGCUGCUUAUCCUUGCCACCUAGACCUGACACAACGACGGUACCAGACUUCACGGGUGCCAUCAUUGCUCGUCACCAAUACAGCGCCAAACUCGAUGUCCACCGGGAUGGAAGCAGACCAACGCAAUGGUGGGUCAGCUGACGACGACUCGCGCGUUCCGGCCGUCGUGCUCCAUCGUACCAAGUCGUGA